CAGGGAUUGGUCCGGGGUCCGUGAGAUCCGCCAGUCCCCCCUCUCGCCCUCUCACGCCGUUCAGACUCCGAGAGGCACAGAGGAGCCAACAUGGCUGAAUCCGAGGCAAGCGAGCUGACUUCUGGAGGCAUUUUUCAGGAGAUCUUCACGUCCCCGCUCAACCUGACCCUGCUCAGCCUCUGCCUGUUCCUGCUGUACAAGAUCUUCCGCGGGGACCGACCGCCGGAAGUCGGCGAGGUGGAGACGCCGCUCCCGAAGCUGAAAAAGAGGGAUUUCACCCUGGCAGAGUUGAAGCCCUACGACGGACUGCAGGAGCCCAGGAUCCUCAUGGCCGUGUGCGGGAAAGUGUUCGACGUGACGAGGGGCAAGAAGUUUUACGGGCCAGAGGGACCAUAUGGAGUGUUUGCAGGCAGAGAUGCAUCCAGAGGUCUGGCUACAUUCUGCCUGGAGAAAGACGCCUUGAAGGAUGAACACGAUGACCUGUCCGACCUGAACGCCAUGCAGACGGAGAGCCUCUCUGAGUGGGAGGCUCAGUUCACCUUUAAGUACGACUAUGUCGGCAAGCUUCUGAAACCAGGAGAGGAGCCCACAGAGUACACAGAUGACGAGGAGGGAAAAGACAAGAAGACGGACUAAGAAAAUAAAAAGUGACCAAGAGGCACAGAUGAUAGAUGCCUUAAUAUGUGUUUGUAAUUUGAUGCUGGUUGCUUCCUGUUGGGGCCAUUCAGAGAGAACCCUUACAUCUUCUUUAUGCAUUCUAGUAUGUUUGGUUCCUCACAGUCCAGGAUUUUAUACGGUGGCUGAAUUCCAUUCAUCUCCAUGUAUGUUAUCUGAAGGUUUGAUGGCAUUAACAAUGAAGUAUACUGCAUUCUGAUGUAGAGAAGAUCAGCACCGUCAGAGCUCAGAUAAGUUACUGUAAAAGAAAACAUGGACCCAUUUCCAACAUUUCAUGAAACUGCUGAUGGUUAAAUGUUCUGCCAGUUGAAUUUGGAUGUAAAUUUGAAGAAAGAGAUGAGGUUUGUUCAUUUCACCUCAAGGUGACAUUUAAAUGGAAAAUGCAUAUGUUAUAGGUUCAUUCUCAUAGUUGUUGCUAUUUUGACUAUUGGGUUUUGCUAAAUUUGCACUUGCCAUUUCUGUUGUAGAGAUUCGGGAACAGGAAGACAAACAUGCAAAAAAAAAAAAGAAGUCUUAUCAGGGCGAACCAGCACAAGCUUUAGUUUUACAGAAAUUAUUUCAAACCCCCAAGUUUCCCUGAAAUUAGAGGACUGGUGUCUUGGUUUAGUCUUGCACAGACUCUUGAGACAGAGGUUUAAAAUAGUUUUUGUAAAAUCAAAGUUUAUUUGGAAAGUCCUGAAUCUCUACAAUUGAUGUGACGAGUUCAGAAUUUGCACCACCUUUAAUAACAGGAGACCGAAUGCACCAGAUCGAACCAAAAGCUGACGGGCUGAACUAAAUUAGAUGUCGUCGUAUAAACACUGUGAAAUGGAUUUUUUUUUAAGCACUAUUUCUCAAUAAACUGCCCCUAAUUUUUGACCAAACUGCCAGGUGUAUCAGAUUCUGACUUAAAGCCUUUAUUACUACUGUGUAAGCGAUGACUUGGCCUGUUGUUUAUUUUAAUUUUGCUAGCUCCUCGUCACAAUAAAAGUGGAAGAUAUCGUUUAGAUGUUUGUAACAUUCCAACACUUCAAAUGUAUCUGCUGAUCUGAACUGUCCGGCACAUUUAAGCAACAUUUAAAAGAUUUGAUCCCCUGCUGGCAGCUGUUGACAACCCUUCUGUUGAGAUUUUGGUCUGCGAGUUCACAGAUUUGUAAUUCUCAUAGUGACAAUCCAGGUCGUCAAAUCCAGUUUCUUGGCCAAUUGACAGUCUAGUAAUAUAAACCAGUUUUCUAGAAGUAAUGAACAAUUUCAGUCAUUAAUGAAGUAAACACAGUGACCAUUCUCUGGUUUCAGCUUCUCGAUUACAAGGAUUUGCUGCUGUUUAUGAAUUAAGAAUUAAAUUCCUCUUGGAUUUUUGACUGUAGGUGGCAAAAAGAAAGUAAUGUGCAAUGAUUUUUGUCACAGUAAAAAACAUUCACUUUAAGUAAUGUUUUAAUGUGAAAUGUAGUUCAACUCAUGCUGCAGAGGUGUAGAAAAAUUUCAAAGUACAAAAAAAAUAAUCAGGAAUAUUUUACAGUCCAAGGUGAAAUUCCAGGCAAUAAAAACUUACUGGAGUUUUUUUUCUGUAUUUGUAUUGCAGCGUAGACUUGUUAAUUUUUGAUCCUUGGAAGGAGCUAGCAUUUUUCUGACUGUAGAAAAAUGUGGUGUUAAAUGAUCUUCAGAUUCAAUGAGGGAACUAUUUCAGUAUGCAUGAUGUACAUACGUAGACUUAAUAUCACAACACUGUCUGACUGUUAUAAUCCUGACUGAUAUUUUUGAUUUAAUAAAGAAAACCACAAAAUGAG